UCCUCUGUCUCUCUGCUAUUCGAUUUCGUGAAUCCAUUUUCUGAAUUAUUUUGCUUCCUUAUUUUAUAAAUGUUUUAUCUUCGUCUCUCCAUUGUUCCUCUUGCGUAAUACGUAAGACAAUGGCGUUUAUGUUCUCAAGGAGGAGGAAACUAUCGUUUGAGAUUCUCAGCGAAAGCACCUCCUUUGAGGAUGAUUCACUUCCGUCAAUCCGCCGAUCAAGCUCAGAUCCGAUUAGCGGAAACGACGCUGCGGAAUCGCCUAGGGACGACGGGAAACGAAGGAGACAUCGGAAGAAGAAGAAGAAGACGAAGACCGAAGUCGAGACUAUUCCGGAGAAUGGCGAUUCUCAUUCGGCGGCGAUCGCUAACGGUUCGGUAGAGGAAUCGUGUGGUGUUUCCGGUGAUCUCGGGGAUUUCGAGAUCGGUGCGGAUUUUGGAAACAGAUUGACUUACUUUGGCGGUGGAAGUAGUGGCGGUUGCGUCGUAACUCUAUUGGAUGGGCAAACUGUACACCACAAUGGGUUCAAUUUCGGCGAGUUAAGGCAGAGGAAUGUCAAUGGGAGUAUCGACGGGAGUAACGACGACCGAUUUUCUGAUACCGUGACUUCUGAUAAGAAGAUAUACACGGAGGAGACCGGUGCCGAGAGUCCACCGUUUGAAGAAGUACAGAAUCAGUUUCCGAGAAGUGAGACUAAUGGGAAUUCAGUGAAGAGACUAGACACAGAAGCUUCUUUGGACUGGAAGCAGCUUAUGGCGGAUGACCCUGAUUUUCUUUCUGCUGAGACAAGGUCACCUAUGAAGUACUUUUUGGGGGAGAUUUAUGGUGGGGUCUCAUUACGGAGCACAACGACUACUGGGAAUGAUGUAGAACGCGAAAGAAUAUACGAUACAAUUUUCCGUUUGCCAUGGCGAUGUGAAGUGCUUAUAAAUACUGGCUUUUUUGUCUGCGUCAACUCAUUUCUGUCAUUGUUGACAGUCAUGCCAAUAAGAGUCGUGCUGAUGUUCUGGGGUGCGUUUAAGAACAGGCAGUUCAGGAGGCCCUCCUCGUCGGAGCUGUCUGAUCUUGCUUGUUUUCUAGUUUUGGCUUCUGGUACCAUUCUUCUCGGGAGAACAGAUAUCAGCCUAAUUUAUCACAUGAUUCGUGGCCAAAGUACCAUAAAACUAUAUGUAGUUUAUAAUAUCUUAGAGAUAUUUGAUAGACUCUGCCAAAGUUUUUGUGGAGACGUAUUUGGGGCCCUGUUUAGUUCCGCAGCGGGACUGGCUAUUUCCCCUCCUGAGAAACUGAGAUUUUGUACUUGGAGAUUCGGUUCUGACCUAGCAUUAACUAUGGCUGCCUCAAUUCUCCAUUCGUUCAUUUUAUUAGCUCAGGCAAUUACGUUGUCAACUUGUAUUGUUGCUCACAACAAUGCCUUGUUGGCCCUUCUGGUAUCAAAUAACUUUGCUGAGAUCAAGAGCAGUGUCUUUAAGCGCUUCAGCAAGGACAACAUUCAUGGUCUAGUCUAUGCAGAUUCGAUAGAGAGAUUUCACAUAUCGGCCUUCUUGGUGUCUGUUUUGGCUCAAAAUAUUCUCGAGGCUGAAGGUCCAUGGUUUGGAAACUUUAUCUACAAUGCUACUAUGGUCUUCUUCUGUGAGAUAAUGAUAGACAUCAUCAAGCACUCAUUUCUUGCCAAAUUCAACGGCAUCAGACCUAUAGCGUACUCUGAGUUUCUUCAAGCUCUCUGCGAGCAGACUUUGGACAUUCACCCGGAAGAUAGAAAGACAAAUCUCACCUUCGUUCCCAUUGCACCCGCUUGUGUGGUUAUCCGGGUACUGACUCCAGUAUAUGCAGCACACUUGCCUUACAGUCCACUACCAUGGAGAGUGUUGUGGUUGGUCUUCUUAUUCGCCAUAACAUAUAUAAUGCUCACAAGUCUCAAAGUUCUCAUCGGCAUGGGACUUAGGAAACAUGCAACUUGGUAUAUCAAUAGAUGCCGAAAGAGAAACUCCUCCCAUCUACACAACGAUUAGGCCCGCCUGUGACUCUUAGAUUACAGAAAAUGAAGAAAGGUUUGCAGAGGUGUAACAUCUCAUCAGGAGGAUGGACUGUGUGUAGGACAGUGAAGCAACAGGGUUUCACUCCUUCUUCAAGCCGAAUUCACAACUUUGUUUUCGGCUUUGAGAUCAUCUUUGUGAUCUCUUAUACAUGUUUAAAUAUUCGAUGAAGCGAUUUUGGUAUUGUUAGGCAAAUAUGUACAAAGAGACCUCAUGGAUCAUUUUACAAAACAAAAGCUAUCACAGACAAAAUAGCCAUAUUGUUCUUCUUCUUCUUCACAAUAAAAA